UAAAGGUGUGUGCCACCUUGCCCCAAAAAUAACUUUUAUUGUAAAUAAAAAUAAAGUCAUUACCAAAUUUCCUGCACCACAAGGCACAGAAAUCAGCAGACUUUCUCUAGAGUAGUAGAAUCUUUAAUCUUGAGUAGAUCAUUUAACAAAAGUCCAGUAAUCUUGUGGGGAGUUCAGUAAUCUUGCUAGCUCACAGUUUUGUCCCUAGUGUCUUCUGGUGUCACUGCCCUGACACCCACAGCCAGCACUUCCUAACCCCUUUACCCGUCUUAGUUCUCUUAAUUUUUUGCAUGCACUGAGUCCAGCAUCCUGGUGUAUCUGAAACUGAUGGUCUGCUCAGUUUCUUAAUCACUUUUACCUGGAGCACUAGGUAGUUCACCAGCCACUGACUCACCAUGACAGAGUAAGAGUGAAUCUGUUUGCCUAGCCCACUCCCGUGGGGUGGGCUGCCUGUGAAGACCAGAGGGAAGAGGCUGGCUUAACCAGUGAUCUGUUUGUUUCUGUUCCAGAGGAGGCUGAGGAUCCUGCCUGCAUCCCCAUCUUCUGGGUCAGCAAGUGGGUGGACUAUUCGGACAAGUAUGGCCUUGGGUCAGCUGUGUGACAACAGUGUUGGGGUGCUCUUCAAUGACUCAACCCGCCUUAUCCUUUACAAUGAUGGUGACAGCCUGCAGUACAUGAGUGAGAUGGCACAGAAACCACCUCACUGUGAUUUCCCACCCCUUGAUGAAGAAGAUCAUGCUCCUCAAGUAUUCUGCAAUUACAUGAGCGAACACCUGCUAAAGACAGGCGUCAACAUCAUUCCCCAGGAAGGCGAUGAGCUGGCCCGCCUGCCCUACUUGCGAACAUGGCUUCGAACAUGCAGUGCCAUCAUCCUGCAUCUCAGCAACGGACCACACCAAACUCAUCCUGUGCCCGCUGAUGGCCGCAGUUACCUACAUCGACGAGAAGAGGGACUUCUGAACAUACUGCCUAAGCCUCUUGGAGGAGUAUGGCUGCUGCAAGGAGCUGGCUAGCCAGCUGCGCUAUGCCCGCACCAUGGUGGACAAGCUGCUGAGCUCCUGUUCAGCCUGCAACCUCCUCAAGGCCUCCUCCUAGGCCUCCCUCCCUUGGACUGGUGCCCUUUCACUCUACUAGCCCUGGGCCUGUGCUGCUGGGCUCCUGGGGCUGCUGUCAGUGCCUCCUGGCCCUGGGCAGAGAGCUGUGCCAUCCUUGUAGGGGUUACUGUGUAAGUUAUUUUUGUACAUGUUGGGUGUGGGUUCCU